CUGUGCAGGUUGGGCAUGUACGUAGUACGGAUUCCCAUGGCAAUUCCGUGAUUUUAAGGUUCCAAGCUCCGAACCCGACGGAUUUUGAACGAGCGUGGACUCGCACAAGUCUCCCGGGCGAUGUGAAAGCGUAAUGGGAUUCGUACAAGCUCCACGGAAUCCGUGUAAAACUCGCCUCCAGCAGAUCACGAUAGGCGGAGCAACCGACUACAGUACAAGACCAACAAGUACCUUUGUUGUAGUCGCUGGUCGCUCUGCAUGUCGAUGCAUGAUGCUGCAACAUCUGCUGCGUACUGCAGGCUCGGCGCUUCGCCGACCAGUUCCCGAACCACACUCGCUUUCGGAUCUACCAUAGCGAUGCUGGAUAUCGCAGAUCCUUAUACCCGGGAGGAAGUUGAAAAGUUCUUCUCUCCAGAUCAUCGGGCUCAUUUGCGAGCUCUUCUGCACAGCCGAGAUUUUGAGGCACGAUAUUGGAUCUUCCAAGUUCAAAACCUACAUCCUGUUCAAUUCGGAUUGGUGGCUUCCCCUUGGGUUUCCGAGUUCCUUGUCAGAGGCUGGCUUCAUCUGUACAAGGGAUUCGGUCACAUUCAGUCCCAUCAUUGGCGUUCUUGGGUGCGAUUCCAAGCGGAACAGAAGAAGGAAGAGAUUACCGAAGCCAGAAACCUCGUGCAUCGUUGCCAUGUUCCUAAGUUUGGUCCUUUACUACCGAAUAUUUCUUCCACGUUGAUGAAAGUUCGGUUCUCCGCUUACCUUGGUUGUGGAAAGCGAAAUUCCUUCCGCCGAGAGUAAAACGAGUCCGAAGAGGUCAGUUGCCAUCCUUGAUGCCAUGCCCGCCAUGAACGCCACAGGGAAACGCGAAAUUGGAUCCGUUCUACUGGCUCAUAAAACUCGGUUCAGGACUUCAAUCAGUAGUAGAACUGCCACUUCUCCUUUUCUCAAACCUUCCAGAGUAAGGGCGUCGUCAGGGAGAUCUCCCUUCCAGCCUUCCAAGUUCCAGCCUUGUUACUACCAGCCGUCCAGUAAUUACGAAUCAUCUCCCCCGUGAGCACGU